GGGGCCGUCGACUCGUAAGCGCAGGCGCAAAGCUUCUUUCAGGCAGCAUGGCUGACCCUGCGCCUCAACCUAAGAGGAAGCGCGAGCAAGAGGCAGAGGAGGCAGAAGCCCUGAGCACCGAGGAAAAGGAAGCAGGUGUUGACAAUGGUACCUCGGCCCUUGUCCGCUUACCGUUCUCUGGCUUUAGAGUGCAAAAAGUGCUGAGGGAGUCUGCGCGGGACAAAAUCAUUUUCCUGCACGGAAAGGUGAAUGAAGACUCUGGAGAUACAGGCGGAGAAGAUGCUGUUGUGAUCCUGGAAAAAACACCAUUUCAGGUAGAACAGGUGGCACAGCUCCUGACAGGGAGUCCUGAACUCAAGUUGCAAUUCUCUAAUGAUAUCUACAGCACGUAUCACCUGUUCCCUCCAAGGCACCUGAGUGACAUAAAGACAACCGUGGUGUACCCCGCCACAGAGAAACACCUGCAGAAAUACCUGUACCAGGACCUCCACCUGAUCCGAGAGACCGGAGAUGACUACAAGAACAUUACCUUACCCCACCUGGAGUCCCAGAGCCUCAGCAUCCAGUGGGUGUAUAACAUUCUUGACAAGAAGGCUGAAGCUGACCGGAUUGUUUUUGAGAACCCAGAUCCUUCUGAUGGCUUUGUCCUCAUCCCCGACCUCAAGUGGAACCAGCAGCAGCUUGAUGACCUAUACUUGAUUGCCAUCUGCCAUCGUCGGGGCAUCAGAUCACUUCGAGACCUUACUCCAGAGCACCUGCCAUUGCUGAGGAACAUCCUCCGGGAAGGACAAGAAGCUAUCCUGCAGCGCUACCAGGUGGCUGGAGACCGCCUGCGCGUGUACCUGCACUAUCUGCCCUCUUAUUACCACCUGCAUGUGCACUUCACUGCCCUGGGCUUCGAGGCCCCUGGCUCAGGUGUGGAGCGGGCGCACCUGCUGGCUGAGGUGAUCGAGAAUCUGGAGUAUGACCCCAAGCAUUACCAGCAGCGUACUCUCACUUUCGCCCUCAGGACCGAUGACCCCUUACUUGGGCUCCUACAGAAGGUCUAGAGACCCUGAGUGGCUGAGAGCAAGCACCUGAGGAGGGAGGCACUGGUGGGCAGGGCGUGGGGUGGUACGGACUGGAUUUUUAUCUCCAAGGGGUUUUUCUAAAAUGUAUUUUGUAGUUUCUUGGCCUUUUGGCUAAGAUCAAGUAUAAGAUAUAUUUUGUACUGCUUUAUUCCUCAUAUGAUAAUAAAGUACUUUCUUAU